CCCCUCCCACUCCCCCGUGGUUGCUACGAGGUGUUCCUCUUCCCUUCGCACCUCUAGAAUCGAGGGCAUUUUCAUCGUCAAGACACGCGCUGGUUUCAUGGAUGGCAGUGGGUUAGAGUCUAGGACCUUGAGACAGUACCCAACGUUAACUUCAUUAUCAAUUGUCAGCGAGAGCACUUGCUCGGAUUUUUACUUCACAACAUUCCCUGUUCGCUUAUUACCGACUGAAUUAUAUUUGCCGUUAUUGUACUGUUAUUGUUUUAAAGUGCCUUGAGACAUGUCUUAUCCAUCUUUAGGAGGUGUGAACGGCACUCAAAUGAGUUAUGGAGGAGACCAGCAGGGCGGCUACGGUGGCCAACAACCUGGAAACUAUCCUGGAGGCCAGCCAGGUGGUUAUGGUGGAAACUAUUUUGGUGGCCAACAGCCAGGAAAUUAUCCACCUCAAAACCCGGGUGCAGGAGUGCAAGGCGGUCUCAGUCCAGAGGUUCAGCAAUGGUUCAACGCUGUAGAUAGAGAUCGAUCUGGAAAAAUUACCGCGAAAGAACUUCAAGCAGCCUUAGUAAAUGGCCAGGGAAAAAACUUUUCUGAUCAAGCCUGUAAUUUGAUGAUUGGCAUGUUUGAUAAGGACAAGUCAGGAAUGUUUGACAGAGACAAAACUGGAACAAUUGACAUUAAUGAGUUCCAACAACUUUAUAACUACAUAAACCAGUGGCUUGGCACAUUCCGCAGUUACGAUCAUGACCAAUCAGGACAUAUUGAGGAAACAGAGUUAGCUCAAGCUUUCCAGCAGAUGGGGUUCCGUUUCACUCCUGAAUUCAUCAAAUUUCUGAUAACUAAGAGUGACACUGAGAACCAUACCAAGAUUUCAGUGGACCAAUUCAUUGUCCUAUGUGUGCAGGUUCAAAGAUUCACAGACGAUGGUCUAGACUGCCAGACUAUUGGCCCCCCAUAUGAUAAAGCAAAGAGAAAACGGAAACUAAAGGAUGGAGAUGACACAUACUUGCAAAAUGGAUUGGAGAUGCCAGACAAUGUUCAAAAUGAUCAAAGUCAGGAAUCAGAUACUAGUCAUAGUAAUUAUAAUAAUAACAACAAAUUUAGGAAUGAGAAUGAAAAACUGAGGGAAGAUAUGAAUCAGCUAGUGAAUGAUAAUGUUCAGCUCCUGAAAGAAAACAAGCAAUUGCAAGACGAAAAUUGUGUCCUUGAGAGGCAAGUUAAAUUCUUGCAGGAAGAAAAUGAACGUCUUAUCAAGGAACACAGAGAUGCCCUGGAGCUGUCUUCAUGGCUUUCAUCUGCCAAAGAAAUUGUAGAAACUUUGAAAAAAAGACCUCUUCUCUUUACUAAACCAGCCAAAAAGUUACCGCCCGUAAUCCGUCCAGCUGACAUUCAAACUCGCCUUAUCAGACCGGCAGUUUCUCUCAUUAACACAGCAAGAAAUUUCUUAGAGCCUCGAAGUGCUCAGUGGAACGAUUGUGAUAUACCUCAUUCAAAUGGAACUUAUGUGUCCACCCACAUAAAGAUGGAAAGGCCAGAAGAUGAACAUCUACCAGAAGGACAGGAAUCACCAUAUCAUACUCCUCUUUUAAAUUUUGACCAAGUAGAAUUUCACUCCUCAGGGAAGGACGACUGUGAUAUACAACGUAGUGCUUUACAAGAUGUGACUGUUACUGAACCAAUAGAAGAUGAAGUAGACAGAAUAGGGAGGGAGCAACUCCUAUUCCCUGAUCCUGUAGAAGGGGUAUGUGAAUUGUGUCCUGGCUCUAGGAUAUACGUAGCUCUCUCAGCCAUGGACAACAUCCUGAGCAAAAAGAGCCAUAGUUCUGUCGCCCGUAGUUGUUUGGAAGCCAUCUUCAAAAUGCCAUAUUUGCUGUCAUGUUCGGUUCAAGGAAAUGUUGCUAAAGGGCCAUAUGGUAAACCUGAUGUACAAAGACCGUCACUUUAUAGACCUGCGGUUGAAUGUAUCCUGAAGUAUGCAAGGUUUCAUGCGGAACAAAAUUCAUGGAAGGUUGAAGAAAAUACUACUAUUAAGAAACAGAUGAAUACACGUCUUUCGGAACUAAGAAAUAUUGCUAAGUACAAAGCUCAAGCUGCAAGUGCAGAUGUUGGGGACCCUGACAGCCAACACAAGGGUUACUCAAGAUACAAAAAUAUAGUGGCAGCCCUAUCUGCUCUUCCAAUUGUUGCACAACCAUCAGCUUCAGAUGUAACUUCUGAGUCUAAUUCAAGAAAUGAUGUGAAAAAUUGUACUUCCAGAAAAGAGUUGUCGGAAUUUGCUUAACCAUCUCUUGUCCAUAUCCACAUGUAUUUUGACUAUGUUUACGAACUUGUUGAUUGAGGUGCAAUUUAGUUUUGUUUUAACUGUUUAACGGAUUCUUCUUUAAGUCAGUUCAUAGAAAUAUUAGUUUGGUGUUCUGUGGUCUGUAGUACUGAAAGACAACGUGGUCUACCAUUACCUGUACAGAGGGUAAUUAAAAUUCUGAGCAGCAUUUAAGGCUGUAUUGCCUUAAAAGAAAUAACAGAGAACAUACCAACUGUUUGACCCUGGUUUAUACCACUAAAGUAGCAUUUAUUCCUGAACACUAAAACAUUUUUGAAACUACAGCAGGCAGAAAUAACCUGUAUAAGAUAAAUCUGUUGUUUGUUAUCUGUUUUAUCUCUUAAGAUGAUACAGCCAAUUGUAACUCAGUCUUAAGCAUUUCUCUAAUUUUUAAACAUGAGUCUGCAAUAGCUUUCUUAUUUGACUUAACUUUCUUUACUUUUGAGAUGCGUUUUAUUUUAAUGUUCAGGGGGGACAUCUUCUUGGGUCAGUCCUUAUCAAGUUUUCCCAGCACUCUCAUAUCAUAUCCUUACAACUGUGUGCAAAUCCCAAAUCGAAUUUUUCUAGAAAUGUGUGCCUUACCAACUUAAUUAAAAUUUAAAAAGGCAAUGUGAUUUUCUGAAGCAUGUACCAAAUCAUUUCAUGUAUUAUAUUCCCGACGUCUUAGUUACCUACUAUUUUUCUAAGAGAAUGCAGUUUCAUUCUGGUCAUUUAAAACAGUAAACAUUAUCUUGUUUACGUAUUAAUUCAUCUUUGAUUUUCUUCCAUGAAUUUCUUAAUGGGUCCUACGGUAUUUGAGUCAAACUAUAUAGUACAUAAAUAGUUUGUUUCACCAAAGUUGACUGAUAUCUAGUUUCAAUAUGUUGUUUUUUUAUAUGCCAUGUUCUUUAUAGCACAUUGUGAUAUUGUUACAUGUAAAUACCUAUACAAGAUAUUUAUUUGAAAAAUUAUCUAUUUUCUAUGUACUUUGCAAAGACUUGUUAUUGUUGCUGUCGCGCCUUUGCGAAGUAUUCCAAUGUGUUGUUUGUUAGUCAUGCUCCUUUGUGGUUAUUGUUUAGUGUUAAGACUGCUAUGAAAUUUCCCUCCUCCCCAAUCCAUUAACAAAAUUGAAGUAUCAAUAGCUGUUUCUGAAAAUGUAUUUUUCUCUCUUGAAACUUUGGUGAGAGCCAUCAGCCUCUUAUUAGAACUGAUAGAGGCUCUUCCAAUAAAAUUUGUUGUUUUCUUUAUCUUUAACCCAUUUUACCCAGUGAAACAAAAUAAUUUUUUUUUUACAAUGUCUUCCGUGUGUCUAAAUGUAAAGCCAAUUUUAACUGGUCAAAAUAAAUAUCUGAUUGUUUUC